AUGUCAUCCGAAGUGCCCUCUCAGAUGAAGGCCAUCCUGGUCAAGGACGGCAAGGGACCGUCUUCAAGCCUGUACCUCGGCGAAGCGCCUGUUCCGGAGCUCGGAGACGACGAGGUGCUGGUCAAGAUCAAAGCGUUCGGACUGAACCGCAUGGACAUCCUGCAGCGCGAGGGCAACUAUCCUUUGCCUCCGCACGCACCGCAGAUCUUGGGUGUCGAGUUCUCGGGCCACGUGGUUGCGACCAAGAACCUGAAGGAUGUCGAGUGGAAGGUCGGGCAGGAGGUGUUUGGUCUUGCGGUGGGCGGUGCGUAUGCCGAGUACAUCAAGGUGCCUGCACGUAUGAUCUUGGAGAAGCCGAGCGAGCUGGACUGGGUUAAAGCGGCUGCAAUCCCGGAGAACUACCUCACGGCGUUCCAGGCGCUGCGAACGAUCUGCAACCUGCAAAAGGGCGAGAAUGUUCUCAUCCAUGCCGGUGCGUCCGGUGUCGGUCUCGCAGCGAUCCAGCUCGCGCGGGCGUUUGGCGCAGGCCAGAUCUACAUUACCGCCGGUUCUGAGGAAAAGAUCCAAUUCUGCCAACAGAUCGGCGCCGACAAGGGCUUCAACUACAAGGCCAGCGACUGGGCUGAAGAGCUCGCCAAGCACACAGGCGCCCAGGGCCCAGCCGGCUCCGUCGACGUCAUUGUCGACUUCAUCGGCGCGCCUUACUUCAACGGCAACCUCCACAGCCUCAAGCGCGACGGCCGCAUGGUCAUGCUCGCCUUCAUGGGCGGCGCCAAGGUCAAGGACAGCGUCAUCGCCCAACUGCUUUACAAGAGACUCAGGAUCGAAGGCUCGACGCUCCGCUCGCGCACCGUCGAAUACCAGAGCGACCUCGUCCAGGGUUUCGUAAGGGAGAAGGGCCUCGAACGCCUUAUCUCGGGCUGCCAGGACGAGGGCCACAAGCUCGUGAUUCACAAGGUCUACUCGUGGAAGGAUAUCAAGGAGGCCCACGACGAGAUGGAGGCCAACAAAAACAUCGGCAAGAUCAUCAUCACUGUCGAUGGCGCCUGA